AUGGCACCCGCCAAGUCCUCAAAGAAUGUUGCACGGACAGGGAAAGACCUUCGCUCUUUCUUCGGUGGUGCUGGAGGAGACAUCAUCCACAAGGCGACGACCAAGUCCGACCGUACGAUGAUGGUAGACAGCGACGAUAUCUCACCGAAAAAGAGUCUCAAACGCAAAAAUAUCGUUAUCUCGAGCGAUGAGGAGGACAAUUCUGUCGCGUUGCCGUCGCCAAAGAAGAAAGUAGCCGUCGCUGCGAAAUCUGCACCGAAGGUAGUUUCCCCGGCUUCGACAUCGAAAGUGGCUGCAUCGAAGGCAGUCGCGUCAGCAUUGACUUCAAAAACUACCGCACCGAAGGUAGUCGCGUUAGCGUCGACCUCAAAAGCAACUACCUCGGCAAGCAAGGCCAAAACGAACGGAAAGGCGCCUGUUAAAUCGAAGAAAUCAAAGGACGGUGAGUUUGCGGUGGACUCUUACGAGGAUGAAGCGGAGGAGAGUGAAGAUAACUGUGAGGACGCCAAACCGCCCGCCAAACCCUUCAAUUGGGCUGCUGCAAAAGCCGCAAGGUUAGCUGGACCGUCCGCCCCUGGUUCGAAACAGGUCCCUGAGGCGAAAUCACCCAAUUGUCUUGAAGGCCUAGCUUUUGUCUUCACCGGAGAACUCAAUAGUUUCUCCAGAGACGAAGCAACCGACUUGGCAAAGAGAUUUGGAGGGCGCGUCGUGGGGCAACCUUCCUCAAAGACAUCAUUUGUUGUCCUGGGUGACAACGCCGGUCCUGCGAAACUCAAGGCAAUCAAAAAACACCAACUCAAAACACUGUCCGAGGACGAAUUCCUUCACCUAAUCGCCACUCGCCAAGGACCCGGCGAACCGGGUGGUGAGGUACUGGACGAGAAGACCAAAAAGAAGAUAGAAAAAGAACAGGCUACGAUCAAACAGGCUGCAAGGGAGCUCGAACGGAGGGAGAAACAAGCGUCGAAGGAGGCCGAUAAAUCAAACAGGUCCAAAACUGACGUCUCAAAUCAGCUGUGGACUACAAGAUAUGCUCCCCAGUCAUUAAAGGAUAUCUGCGGCAAUAAAGGACAAGUAGAGAAACUACGACAGUGGCUCCAUGAUUGGUCAGACAGCCUUAAAUGCGGUUUCAAAAAACCGGGGAAACAUGCUACAAACGUCUACCGCGCUAUGAUGAUAACUGGCCCACCUGGUAUAGGCAAGACCACGAGCGCGCAUCUUUGCGCUAAGCUCGAAGGCUUUACGCCUAUCGAGCUUAAUGCAAGCGACGCGCGCAACAAAAAGUUACUCGAGAGCGCUAUGAACAUCAAUAAUCUGUCGUUGGAUGGAUGGAUGGGGGGAAAUGAUGCUACGAACGCAGCAGGAGUCAGAAUCACGGACAAGACGUGUCUCAUCAUGGACGAAGUCGAUGGCAUGUCCGCUGGCGACAGGGGUGGCGUUGGCGCUCUCAACGCCUUGAUCAAGAAGACAAAAAUCCCUAUUAUCUGUAUCGCUAAUGAUAGAGGCGCUCAGAAGUUGAAACCACUCGUCGCGAACACAUUUAGCCUACCAUUUAAGCGCCCUGAGGCUCAAGCUGUCCGGUCACGCAUAAUGACAAUCGCAUAUAAGGAGAAUAUGAAACUCCCCGCCAACGUCGUCGAUCAGCUCGUCGCCGGAUCGCAGUCGGAUAUCCGACAGGUUCUGAAUAUGCUGUCUACAUGGCGGCUAUCCGGUAGUAGUAUGGACUUUGACGAGGCGAAGAACCUUACAAAGAUAAACGAAAAGUACACCAUCUUGACGCCGUUCGACGUGACAAACAAAAUUCUUAGUCCGUACGCGUUUGGGCCGAACGUUCGAGAGACACUGGGCGACAAGAUGGAAUUGUACUUUCAUGAUCAUUCGUUUGUCCCGCUUUUCAUCCAGGAAAAUUAUUUGAAGACUCAACCUGUCAAGGUUCGGAACCUCGAAGGCCCUCCGAAGAUGUUGAAACAACUCGAGUUAAUGGAUCAAGCCGCAUCUUCUAUCUCUGACGCCGAUCUUGUCGACGCUCUGAUUCACGGGCCAGAACAACAUUGGUCGUUGAUGCCUUUGCAUGCGGUAUGUUCGAUGGUGCGGCCCGCUUCAUUCUUGUUUGGUCCGGGUGGCGGAUAUGGCGGCCAAAACCCAAUGACAUUCCCUCAGUGGCUAGGACAUAAUUCCAAACAGAAUAAGCUCAACCGGCAACUAGGAGAUGUUCAGGUCCGAAUGCGACUUAAAGUCUCUGGGGACAAGCAUGAGAUCCGACAGUCGUAUAUCCCUGCACUAUUCCCUCACGUCAUCAAGCCACUGAUCGACGUAGGUGCUGCUGCUGUCGAUGAAGUCAUUGAACGGAUGGAUGAGUAUUACCUUUCCCGUGAGGAUUGGGACACUGUUGUUGAGCUCGGCGUGGACGCGCAGAAAGAUGAUAUUGUUAACAAGCUCAUUAAGCCUGCAACCAAGACAUUGUUUACAAAGAGGUAUAAUAGCACGGAUCAUCCAAUACCCUUCCACAAAGCAACGGACCUCGGGAAAGCACCCAAGAAACUCUCAGGUCCCGCGCCCGAUCUAGAUGAUGUUUUCGAUCUGGAUGAUCAAGUCGUUGAUGCGUCUGAUGACGAGAAGGGGAAAGUAAAGGAUGAGGAUGAGCUCGCUGCUGAUAAGUUGUUCCGGGCUCGUAAGCCCAAAACUCGUAAGACGACUACGGUGAAAGGGAGGAAGACACGGGAUUUCAUGUGA